AUGGCAGUGCUACCAGAGGUUGUAAAACUUGCCGGGACUUGGCUGUCCUGUCUAAUCGUGUUUGAGGACGCGAAGGAUGCAGAGAUCGUCAACGGAGCUAGUACUGUUCACUGGAUUGCGGCCAAACCCCCUACGAGUAAUAAUAAUGGAGCGCCCAACGGAUCAUACAUGCAGGGCUUGUACGGGACACAGAAGCAGACGGUGAUCUUAGUCGGGCACGAUGGACGCGUGAAAUAUUUUGAGCGGACUCUUUAUGAGGACGAUGCUCGUGCUACGGAGAUACAUAAGAGGGAUCAGUCCUUCGAGUUUGUAAUUGAGAAGUAG